AUGUAUUUACAGACUAUUUCUCUAUGGGAUAAAUUACCUGAAACAAAACAAGUUUCGAUCGAUAUUGCUAAUGAAAAUGAUUUUGUCAAUGAAGAUAAUGUUAUGGAAAAUGAAAUCGAAGAUGAACUUCAAACUUCAAACAAUAAUUUUAUGCUUAUUUAUGAACAACAUGAUCAAAUUAAACUGAUUGCAAACGAUGGCCAUAUAGAAGAGGUUAAAGUCGAGUUCCAAAAAUGUUUAUCAAAUCAAGGAAUUCGAUGGGUGUUAAACGGUUAUGACAGGAUUCAUUCAUGGAAUUUUGGUCUUUCAUUGAUUCGUUUUCAACUUGAAUCCUUGCAUUCAAUUGAUCCAAAAUGGCUUAUUCCGAUUCGAUCUAGUCCAUUUUGGAUUCAACUUAAAAAUACAAUACAACAAAAGCAACGUUUUCGAUUAAAUUCUGAAGGUACUAAACCGACUAGAUUGAAAUAUUCACAUCUGCAUCAUAUUUCUCUUCGUUAUGGUGCACUUAUUAAACUCGACGAAUUUCGAUAUGCACCCAAAUAUUCAUGGUCGAACCAAUCGAGAAGCAGAUGGUCACUUGUUAUAAAUAACAAACGUUCUGGUGGAUGCAUCGAAUGGAUAAUCGAAGGAUCUAGGCAACAGGAAAAGAAACAAUUAUUAGUAAUGAAUAUUGAUCAAACCGUCAUUAUUCAUUUGUUAUCAGAUGGAUUUCUAAUGUAUAUUUGUCAAAAGUGUAAUAUGAAUGAGUUUAUUGCAAAUGAAAAUUUAAAUAAUUUCGUUCGAAUACCAUAUGUUUAUGAGAAAGAUAAACGUUCGAAUAAUCGUAAGGGAAUCUAUUUUCCCACUGUACAAUUUGAACUUCGGAUCGAUCGAAAUAAUUUAAUGAAUAAAGAAGUUCCGAAUCGCGUAGGAGAAACAUAUAAUGAGUUAACAACGUUUUUUACAUUACAUAAUAUUACUGUUUGUCAUGGUGCGAUUAAGUCAUGUCAAGGUCCAGAAAUAACUUCAUUUCUACCUAUGCAAUUCGACAAACUUAUUAUGCAAUAUUCAUGGGAAAUGUUGACAAAUAUCGGUUAUCGUUUACAAGUUCAAAUCGAUAAACAAUUUCGUGAUAGUCUACGUCUAUUAAGUGAAGAAAAAGAUGAUGCUGAUGAUCUAUUCUAUCGUGUAUGUGUUUAUCUUUCGCGAUUGUUUACACUUGAACCAUUUGUUAAUUUGUCGGAAAAAUUACAUAAUGCUAUAAUAGAAUCAAAGCGAAAACGAGAAAAUAGUAUAUUUGGUUUAAUUAAUAGUUUGAAUCAAACUUCGAAUACCGAAACGUAUGUACCAUCAGUAACAUUGACACCAACAACUAUUCGAAUAAAACCAUUGAAAUUAUGUCGAACUAAUCGAGUUCUUCGAGCUGAACAAGAAUUCGGUAAAGCAUUAGAACAUUUUGCUCUUGUCGAAAUUCGUGAUGAAAAUGGUCAACCAUUACAAUCAUUUCAUUUUCAAGAUUUACAUCAAUAUUUUCUUGACUAUUUACAGAAUGGUUUUACUUUAAUGGGUAAUGAUCGAUACUAUCGAUACUUACAUCAUUCACAAUCACAAUUACGUGCGAGUCAAUUUUGGUUCUAUUAUCAUGAACCACGUGUAAAUAAAUCAUUUGACGACGCUUAUAGAUGGAUGGGUGAUUUUAGCGAAGAGAAAAACAUAGCAAAAUAUGCUUCUCGUAUAGCUUUAUGUUUUUCAACAACAACUCCUAGUAUUGAUAUAGAUGAGAAAUAUGUUGAAUACAUUGACGAUAUCAAAACACAAGAUGGAAAACUAAAAUUCACAGAUGGAUGUGGAACUAUGUCCGAAAAAUUAAGAAAUGACAUUCAAAAACAAAUUAGAAAACACCGAGCUUUCAGUGCUGUUCAAUUCCGUUAUGCAGGCGCCAAAGGUGUUGUGAGUGUUGAUCCACAAUUGCAAUCAGAUUGUCGUCUACGUAUACGUUAUAGUAUGAAGAAAUUCGUGAGUUCACAUCGAUGUUUUGAAGUAUGUAAAGUUUCUGCACCUCGAUCAUUGUAUCUUAAUCGACAAGUCAUUCUUCUACUAUCUAAUCGAUGUAUAUCCGAUGUUGUUUUUCUUAUUCUUCAACAACGUAAUCAUUUAACACUUAUUCGAGCUCUAUUACGUAAUGAUGAUGCAAAAUAUUUGCUAGAUGAAAAACUUCCGAAUUGGUUUUUGCCUGAUAAUUGCAAAAUCGAUUUUGUUCGUGAACCUUUCUUUCGACACCUAGUUAUAACAGCUUGUCUUCUAUCAGUACGAGAUUUACUUCGACGUACACGCAUUCGUAUUCCACGUAAUAAAGCUCGAAAUAUGAUUGGUAUUAUUGAUGAGUACAAUGUGUUAAAAGAAAAUGAAGUUUUUAUUCAAUAUACUAUAAUGAAUGAUGAUGAAGACAAAGACCAUAAUAAUAAUCAUGAAAAAACACAGAUUCUUCAUCAAUGUCAAGUUGUUGUUACAAAAAAUCCUUGCCAUCAUCCUGGUGAUGUUCGAACAUUUACUGCUGUUAAUCAUAAAGCAUUGAAACAUCUCAAAGAUGUUAUUGUCUUUUCUCAACAAGGUAAUUGUCCAGCAUCACAUCAAAUCAGUGGAUCGGAUCUUGAUGGUGAUGAAUAUGCAAUCAUAUGGCAUGAAGAUCUUGUUCCAGUACAAACUCGUAAUGCCACACCGUUCGACUUUGAUUCACAAACAAAAACUUCACUACUCGAUCGACCUGUGACUCGAAAUGAUAUAAAUUCUGUUGUACUGAAAAUUUGUGAGAGUGAUUUAUUAGGACGAUUAUCUAAUUUACAUUUGGCAUAUGCCGAUAUUUGUGGAGUAAACAGUAACGAACGACCAGCUGCCGAUGUUUUAUCGACCAUUGAAUUAGCCGCAGCAAUUAGUCAAGAAGUUGAUAGUGGAAAAACUGGACACCAUUCAUUAGAUGAAAAUCAGAUGACAAAUCAAAAACGACCAUUAGGAAAUAUACGGCCAGAUUUCAUGGAAAAUACAAAUCUGAAAUCAUAUCGUUCGGAGAAAAUACUCGGAAAACUCUAUCGUUCAUCACGUCGAAUGCUACCCGGAUGGAAUCGACUUCUUCGACGACAUCGUCAUUUACGUCAUUUGCAAGUUCGAACAUCUAAUGAAGAUGAAGAAAUAGAUGAUGACCAAGAAGAUGAAGAAGCAAAUACUGAUGAUGUUCAAAGAAAUACAAUUCCAAUAGAUUCUUCACUUCUUAAUACAAAUCUAUCUCCGCAAGAUCAUGAAUGGACAGUUAUGGCAUCACAAUUGUUUUAUGUCUAUCGACAAGAAAUGCUGGAAAUUCUAAACUUAUAUGGACUUUCGCAUGAAAGUGAUCUAUGGUGUCGAAAAUCGACGAAUACCAUUGGUGGUGAACUCGAAGAUACAGCGUAUAUUCAACUCAAACAACUCGUUGCACGUACACGUAGUACUUUCUUCUUAAGCUUACUGACUUAUUGUGAGGACAAUGAAAGUAAUUGUAGUCAAAAUACACUGUUUGAAGAUUUAUGUCCAGGUUGUAAAAAGAGACACAAAAUUGUAGCUAAUGCACUUUACCAAGAAUGUUACAGUGGACAAAAUGGAUCGGAACGACCACCAAUUCUCAGUUUACCAUGGUUAUUUACUACAACACUUCUACAGAAACGUGAAAGUGAACUGUCACCAACGAAAGGUUUGCUUAGUGCGGCAAUGGAAGUUGCACUUAAUGAUUUGAUUAAAAUGGGUUUGUUAAAGUUAGGAGGAAUGGCAGUAACACUGCGUACAUCAAACAAUUGUGAAGUUGAAACAAAUCUUGAUUGGACUGUUUGUGUCUUUGUUGAAAUCAUUAAUUAUUGUCUUAGAUCCAAAUCAUUUAAUUUAUGGCCACGAAUACUCAGUCUAUUCAUAUUUAAAAUAUCCUCCUUUGAACAAGAUGACACAAAUGAUGAAUGGUUAUUGCUAUUGACUAACAAUCCACAAGAUGAUUUAUAUGGUGCCAUACUCAUCUCAAUGGAAUGGACUGAAAAUGAAGAUGAAUUAAUGCAUUCAUAUUUUGAUCGAUUACUUGAAAUUUGUUUUGAUCUUAGUCAAAGUUCAACUACUAAUAAUGAGCAAUAUCUUCAAAUUAGUGAAGAAAUCCUUCAAAUACUUCAACGAGUAGCAAUCGAAGAAACCAUUUGA